AUGGGUGAUGUUAGAAAGACAAGAUUUUCGUUCAUAUGUGCCCAGUAACACACUGUGGAAAAGGGAGGCAAGCAGAAGACUGGACCAAAUCUCCACGGUCUGUUUGGGCAGAAGACAGGACAGUCUGUUGGAUUCUCUUUUGUAGCCACCAAGAAGAACAAAGGCAUCACCUGGGGAGAGGACACUCUGAUGGAGUAUUUGGAUAAUCCCAACAAAUACAUCCCUGGAACCAAUAUGAUCUUUGCUGGCAUUAAGAGGAAGAAUGAAAGGGCAGUCUUGAUAAGUUAUCUCAAAAAAAAAAAAAAGCUAUUAAUGAGUAAUAGUUGCCCUCUGCCUUCUUUAUUACAAAACAGGAAAAUCUUGUGA